AAGUUUACAUAUCUCAGGGUUGGCUUAGCUUGACCCGUACCCUAACUCAUAAAGUCAUACGAGUAAGUUAUAUGUUGUGCCGCAUGGCUCAGAGCCUCGAACCCAUGUACCCAUUUUGUCACGUUGGGUCAUGUUUUUGUGUUUUAGUUUUAGAGUUUUAGACCAAACUUCACUUUCUCCUCUUUAGAAGUGUACGCUGAAUCCUCCAUUGAAGUGGCUCUAAGCUUUCUCCCUUAAUUGAAACAGCUUCAAAGUUGUCACUUGCCAGGAGCUCAUGCUACUAAAUUAUGAACUCAUCAUCAGAAAUGGAUGUUGUCUUUACACUUGUCAGACUAGCACAAGUAUGGAACAAUAUUUGAAAAACGGAGGGAGUAUUUCUUGAUUUGUUCUCCGUUCCCUUAGUCCCAUCCUUGUACUGGAAAAACUCCUUAAAACCCUACCGGAAAAGUGGGAAGCAGAGCAAGAGUGAUUGAGUUCCAAUGGCAGAUAUAGCAUCCCUUUCUCUCUCCUCCCCCUCCACCUCUGGAACAACCUCCUCCACAACCACGACACAUUCAUAUUCAUGUCUCCAACCUCAAACACCAAAAACCCCUGAAAUUUCUCCUUCAAUGCUGAGAUUAUGGAGGCCACAAGCUCAGAGAAAUCUCCGAAAUCAGUGGUCCAAAUUAUCCUCCUGUAGAGAUCAAUGGCGCUCUUCUAUUGCUUCAGGGCGAUCCCAUGCCACCUCUCUUGUUAACUCUUACCUCUCUAUCAGAUAUAUGGAUGCUAUGGAUUUGGGUGUCUUGGAUAAUAUGCCCAAUAUACGGAAAAAGGCUUGUUCUAAAUUGCUUAAGCAGCUGGAGCUUCAACGCAACCAACUUUUAUCAUCCUACAAGGCUAUGGUUGCAGUUGUGAUUGACAUGGUGACUUUGAGCAAAUCGAUGAGAUGCUUUUCAAAGACAACUACUGGCAGUGCCAUUGUACAGUAUUCUAUGUUUUCAGAGAAUAGCAAUGAUACUGGUGAUGGUGGAGGAGCUCCAGUUGUCACUUUUUUGUCUGUCUCUGCAUUUGAGAUGUUGGCCGAGGAGCUUGUCGAAAUGUUCAAACAGGAGCUUGUUUUGAAGCGUCUGCUUGUAGUUGAGCUGCUCUCCAAGAGCUAUCCAGAAUUAGAGCAAUUCAAUCAAUUGUCCUGGAAAGAUGAACUUUAUCAUGGUGAAACUAAUGAAUCGAACAUGUGCAACUUGUACUCAAAAGAUACUGCUGAGCCAUUUCUUCCCAAAAUAAGUGGGUGGCAAUCGAAAACUUUGACUGUGGAGUCUGAGAAAAAUCCAAGCCACGAUGUUUUGCAGGUCUAUCUCACAACAUGGCUUGCAGAGGUCAAUAUAGAUACAUCCAGGGUGGAAGAAAUAUUUAUAAUUGUUGCGGAGGAACUACGAACGAGCUUUUCAUGAGCCUUUCAGAUGCUGACAUUUACAGGAAAGAGAUUAUGAUGAAGUGUAUAGGUCAUAAGGUCAUAUAUAAAGAUUAAGAAAGCUUAGGCCAAAUAUUUGUGUUGCCUUGAUGUUAUUCUUUUGUUCUCGCGUGUUAUGUUAUUAUUCUCCUUGUUUACGGAUGUCAGCUAAUUUAUUUCAGUUAAAAUCAUCACCAUUGUUUAUUGCC